GGGAUGCGGAGAGCUGAGAGGGAGGAUGCGGCGGGACGGGAGGAGGAUGGGAGAGCUGAGAGGGAGGAUGCGGCGGGACGGGAGGAGGGAUGCGGCGGGACGGGAGGAGGGAUGCGGAGAGCUGAGAGGGAGGAUGCGGCGGGACGGGAGGAGGGAUGCGGAGAGCUGAGAGGGAGGAUGCGGCCGGUCCUCUCUGCUCCCGCGGCUGCGGGAGUUGCGCGGCGGCCCCCCGGUGCUCCAGAGAAGCUCCAUCACUCGGGAGAUGCUCCAUCACUCCUGAGAUUUUCAUCACUCACAAGGGACUCCGUCCCUGGCGAGGCAGCGCUCCGUUAAUCGCGAGGUGUUGCAUCGCUGGUGAAACAAAGUUCCACCGCCCGUGAGAUGCUCCGUCAGUCACAAGGGACUCGCAUCUCCCAUCAGCUGCUUCAUCACCCCAGCACUUGUGACACUCCACUCCCGGGUGACAUUCCCACCAUCCCCGUGGGGAAGGGACAAGGGGCUGCGUGGCCCUGCCGAGGCACAAAGUGCUCGAGGUGGAGGCGUGGGCAGCUCCGGGGAUGCAGUUUGCGGAGCAGCUGGUGCCGACAGCUGGUGCUUCCCGGCCGCCCGCCGUGCCGGGGGCUGGCAGGGCCGGCUCAGCCACUGACGUACGUUCAGGACAAUCUGAGCGAUGACAAAGUUUUUCAUCCGGCUGCCUGCAGUUCCCUCUGCACCGCCCCUGCGGCUGCGGGGAGGGGAGCGGGCCCCGCGGGUCCCCUGGGUGCCGUGGGAAGCGCGGGGCUCUGGGCUGUGCCGAGCGGAGUCGGACACACGGCCGGCACUGCCGGCACUGCCGGAGCGGCUCGGCCACGCUCGGCAUGGGGCUCCGGCUCCCCCUGCGCCGCAGCACCAGCUUCACCCCCGACCACCCUGCCCUCAUGGAGCUGCCCGGCCCCACUGCCCUGAAGAUGGAAGCAAACGUCCUUGUCAUGGGAGCGGACAACGUAGGGAAAUCAGCUCUGACUGUGCGUUUCCUGACCCGACGCUUUAUUGGAGAGUAUGGAGACAUGGAAUUCAUCUACAGCCACAACCUGACUGUGGAUGGCCGAGAGAUUCUCUUACACAUCUGGGACGUCCCCAAUUCCCAGGAGCAGGCAGAAGAUAAUUCCUCAGAGGAGAAGCGAAUCCAGUGGGCAGACAGCUUUGUCCUGGUCUACAGUAUCUGUGACCGUGCCAGCUUCAACAUCCUGCCCCUCAAAAUCCAGGUCAUCAAGGCAGCCAAGGAGGGGCAGAGCCAGGAGAAGGUGCCCAUUGUCAUUGUGGGCAACAAACGGGACCUGCACCACCAGCGGGUGGUGUCCAGCGAGGAGGGGCGGCUCCUGGCCCUCUCUUUGGACUGUGGUUUCUAUGAGGUCUCUGCAGCUGAGGCUUAUCACGGGGCCCUCAUGGUCUUCCAUGGACUGGCCAAGCUCAUCCCAGACACCAAGCUGGCCCUGAAGAAGGGCACAGGGAUCCGUGGCAUCGUCAAGACCAUGUCGGCCGUGUUUGCCCGUAAGCGAACAGACUCCCUCUGAGCUCCUGCAGGAUGUUCUGCUCUCUGUGCUGCCCAGCUGGGCCAAGCCUCCUCACUGGGUGCCCAUGGAGACGGUGUGUGUCCUUCCAUAAGUAUGACGGGUUCCUUGCUGUCCUCCUAGUGUCAGGGUCUGGGAGUCCUGCCGUGCACAGCCAGUGCAGCUGAGAACUGUAGUGUGUUACUCUUGGCUCUGCCGUGGGACAGUGUCAUCUCUGCUGUACCAGAAAGCCUCCUGCUUUCUCCUUUUAUCCUCCAACACUGGAAACCACGGGGGGGAUUUUGCCAAAGCUCCAGGCAGCAGCAUCCCUAGCUCCUGCAGCAGGAGCUGCCCAUGCUGUCAGCAAUUAGGGAGGAUAUCCUGCUCUUGUACAGCUGUCUCUCCAUUUCUGCUCUGGGAUUCUUAUUCCUGUUUAACCUUCAUCAGGAUCCUCAUCAGUAACCCUGGAGCACCCAUGAGCUGGAGAGGUGGGGCUUUCUCUGCUGGGGAGGCACUGGUAGUUCACUUGUGUGUGACAGUGUGCCAGAGCCCAGGGCACUGGCAAUCCUGGAGGAUUUGGUGAGGGCUGGUGCCUGGCACCCCCCCUGCUGUGCUUUUGAGCAGCCCUGCUGGCAGCCCUCUCUCCCACAGCCUUUCAGCGAUCACAGCGUUUCCCCUGUGCGGGCGGGUGAGCGCUGCACAGGCUGUGCCUGGGAAAAGCCAGGCGUGGGGCUCGUUCCCAGGAUGGGGAUUGCACCACACGCCUUCCCAGCCACCCCUUCUGUAAGGCUGCCUGUCCCCGGGGAGGAGAGGAGGUGGGGAAAGGGGUCUCUGGGCUCCUGGCUGAACCCUUCUGCUGCUGGGAGGCUUUUCCCUGCCUCUCCCAAACCCUUCUCUUUGUGCCCUGGGAAAGCAGUGCGUUGGAAGAAGGUUUGUGCGUGCUGUAGGGACACUGAUUUCUCUGCUGUGUUCUUCUGGAAAUGCAAUAAAUUUUCUUUGGCAGGAAGCCCCAGCUCCUUGGAGCUGUGAAUUUGUACUUGGGGCAUGGGAAGAGACACGUACUGUGCUGGGCAUGAGCACCCACUAUCCCAGUGGCAGCUACCCACAGGGAAUGUAGCAGGAUGUUUCC